GUGAACUCGAGGGCAGCUCAAACAGAUGUUUUGUUGAUGCAAAACAAACAAGUUUGCUACGCACAACAGCUGGAUUUAUUUGUGACAGAGUGAUUACAAGGAUGUAGUGACGUUAAGUGUGACAGUCUUUCGGUUGACGUUUCUUCACUUGGUACGUGGAAUUUGCCGCAGAGUGAGACCUCUCCACCGCCUCCUGGUCUCUGCGUAGAGAGUGGAUUGUGGACCUGGUCACACCUGCUAGAGAAAUCAACAAACAUGACUUUGAGCAAGCGGACAAAACUUUACUAACAGUCAGACUCUUGACAGAGCGACAACUACUAACAGGAUAUCAAGUCAAAGAAAAAGUGUUAAAAGGAUGUCUGGCCUGGGUGGAAUAAUCUCAGAACUAAUUGUAGACGUGGCUUUAUCGCCUGAUGUUCCACCUGCAGAGCCACAGGUAGGCGGAAGAAAAAACCCACAAUGUGAGGACAGACCCAAGAUUUCAGAUGAGGAGGAAAAUGUAGAGGAAGAAGAGGACGAGGAAGAAGAGGAGACGAUGACCAGCUCUGCUCUCCUGGAGCCGAGCACGUUGCCAUGGCCCGGAGACAAAGAUAAGUGGCCUCAGGUGGACAGCAGUGACGCAGUGUGGUCAGAAAAAGGAACCUCAGAGCCUGAAGAGAAGGACACGGGCAUCAGCGGAGGAAGCCAAGACCUGUCUGAGAGACAGAGCCCGGCGAGUGACCGAAAGAGCAAGGACAAGUGGAGGGAGAGCAUGCCAGAGGGAGAGAGGUGGAGGGAUGAUGAGAUCGAGGUGCAGCGGGACGACAAAGGGGACGGCUCCCAGGCAGAUGAUGAAGAUGAGGGGGAUGAUGAAGAAGACGACGACGAGUCACAGUGGAUGUUAGAGAAACCUGCUCUGGGAUUCACUCCAAAAGUCACAAUUGUGCGUCGAUCGAGCAAAAAGCUCUUUGAGGAGGAGAGUCAUCUCUAUAUCGAGAAGGACCCAGAGAAGGAGCCGCAGAUGGACCCCGACUCUGUGGUGCAGUACUACCCAGAGUGGACCCAGGAGGAUGACAAGUACUACCUGUGUGAUCAUGGUUCUGUUGGAAAACUGGGGCUGAUUCUGUCGCUGGUGGCCGCAGGGGUCCUCUUCCCUCUCCUCGUUUGGGGAGGUUACGAACUCCUUCCCUUUGACUCUCCGAAGCUGCAGAGCACCCCCCUCAGGGUGAUUUACACACUACGCUGCUCCUUCUUCGCUAUCCUCCCAAUCCUACUGGGUGUACUGGUGCAGGGUUUGGCCCGGCUGCGAUUCAGCGAGCUCAAGCCGCUCUAUCAGAAUUCAGUACUGAACAAAGAGGUCGCCGUGCACUGGCACUAUGUCAACGAAUCGCUGGUACUCUUCCUUUUCUACUUCCUGCAGCUCGCCGUCAUGGCAACCUACAUCAGUCAGGAGCUGGUCAAGCUGGUGCCACUGCUGACCAUCAUAUUUGUUUUUGGCAGGCUGAUCUACUGGCUCUGCCUCUCUCUGGGCAGCAGCAUCAGAGGCUUCGGCUUCGGCUUCUCCUUCUUCCCCAUACUGGUCAUGCUGUGCGCCAACUUCUACUUCAUCUGCUCGUCAGUCGGGCAGGAGGCUGUUUUUGAAGUGGCCCCGCCCACUGUAGCUCCUCCUCCCAGGCAGCGCUGGUGGUGACAGUCGUCAAGAAAAAGUGAUCAGAGAAAGACUGACAUCACAACAAAGGAGCACACUCACACAGAACCCCUAACAAAGCUGCAAUCCUUUUAGAUUGUUUACUGGAAAGAACUGCACCAUUUGUUUCAUGUCACAGCCAUUAUACCAGCUUUACAGUUAAACAUACUCUUAAUUUAAACAAAACAAUCUACUGAUGAAAAACGGCAGGAAAUUACUGUUGAUUAUUGUUGUGUUGACACUCGGUGUGGACACGCUUCCUGUGGCUUCACAACAAAAGCCUUCCCAUGCUGAGUCAUUUAAAGCUGCUGUCUGUUGUGAUCAGUUUGACAGGUUUCUGUCAGUUUCAGGGUUCUGACUGAAUCUAAUGGCACUUUUCCACUACAAGUUACCACCUCGGCUCGGCUCUACACGGUUUGGUUGUGUUUCGGUUACAAUAUAGUACCUCCUCAAUGUGGGAAGAGUCAUCACAGCACAGCUGCAUGAAACUGCCGUGACUUCGUUCUAUACACGACACACACAAACUAGUGACUAGUGACUUGUAAAGCAGUUUUCAGUGUAACUGAAUCAUUAGAAUCAGUUAAUUAAAAAGAUUAGUUCAGUACAUCCUGCGUGACCGGAGUUCAUACUCUGUCUGACACAGUCACUGAACUGAAAUACAGUGGCGUGGGUUUGUGAUGCGGCUCGCUGCUUGAGAUCACCGGCUUUCAGCAGUGCUGUCGCUCAAUACAUCAGUACACUCCUCUGUUAAACCAUGAGAUUUUAGACAUUUCCAUGUUAAAUGUUGGAGAUUAAAGUGUGUUUUCAGGAUUUUUAACUGAUCUACAGUUCGGCAGUGUUCAGUUUGAUUCUUGUGCCGGACAUCUUGCUCGUGCUUCUUCCCCUGACGAUACUCUCUGACCGAUCAGUGGCCGGCAGUCUGACGAUGUCAUGCAUAGUAUUGGCUCAGCUAACUUGGAACCUCGCCAGAGCAGGUACUAAAAAAGCACCAGCUACUAUCGCUGAUGGAAAAGCACAAUAACUGUGCCGAGGCGAGUCGAGUCGUGCUGGUGGAAAAGCGCCAUAACGCCUCAUUCCCACUGGUCAAAAUCCCGUAUAAUCCUGUGUUUAAACAGGUUUUUGAUCAGUGGAUUAAAUGACUUAGUAAUGGACACAGGUUCAGCUCUGAUCCACUGCAAACUCAAACGCUAUGACGCACAUAAUUUUUUUCAACUAUGAAUGGUUGCGGCGAACAGUGCUCAAUAUUUUUUAUUUCAUCUCUCGUAUCAUGUGAGUGAUAUAUUGAGAGAGGCUCAAGUAAAAGACACAACUUAUUAACCACCUCAUCAUUAUGACAUAUUCAUCAUGUCACCAUUCACACGUUGGUAAUAUAGGGGUGAAAGAAACUUUAAAAA